GCCGGACGUCUUCAGUUGUUGCCCACUUGACAUCAUGACUACAAAGGCAUGUGCAACCGCUUCACUCGUUAACAUGCAUUGCUGUCCCCGGUGCGUACUCCGCUUGUUGCAUGGCGACAGCAUCAGCAGUUGUAGAAAUGUGGUAAUCAACGCGAAGGAUGCAACACGUGAAUCACCCAUCUGUCCAUUCUGUUGCGGGCUGUUGCAUCACCCGUCGUUGUGCACUCUGACGGAGGAUUGCGUCCCGAGCGGGGGGAUUCCGAACGUGCUGCACUCGAUUGUCGCAAAGCUACGCUGUUCAGAGUAUGAAUUUUCGGCUUGUCAGAUCAAACUUGUAGGUCUCUGGCGUGUGAACUGAUUCUAAUCGGAUCGAUGGCCCGGUUGUUCUACCUUCCUUCCGAGAAAAGCGUAGCCCCACAUCAACGAGUGUCCCUGUGGGGUUGCUGAUCCUCUUGCUUUGGUUAUUCGGGAUGAGAUCAUGUUGGGCGUAGUAUUGCAAUCAGCUGAUUCCGACGUUGGCCAGUCUACUACGGAAUGUCAAGUCCCGUCACUUAAGCGGGACGUGAAGUUUUCUGGCCAAAGCAAACUGCCGGCUAAAGUGGUUUGGAGGUGGAUCAUCGAAUCCCAACUGUCCUCAACUCUGAAGGUCCCGUUCAUUAGUUCUUUACAAGAUUUGGAUUCCAUGCAGGGCCACAAUUUGACAUUUUUGGCAGUCAAUUCACUUCUGGUGAUUGAAAUCGAAUUGGCUCACUCUCAAUCGGAACAAGAAGGCCAGCUUAUUCUGGAGCACGCCUGCCUUGCUGGUCCUGCCAGCAUACGUGCUCAAGCCUUAGGACUGCUCAACGCGAAGUCGAAAAGUAAACGAACUCGCUACCAGCGACGUGCCGGUCACGAUGACACAAGUAGGCCCUCGACUCCCUCGGAUGAAUUAUUGUCCGCAUGCAGGUUCUCUAAAACGAAAUUGCAAUUACUCUUCUCGGCACUAUCCAACUGUGCAAGCAAGGUACAAUUCAGUCUACCCUCUCCUACAACGAUUCCGUUUUUGGCUGAUUUGAAACUCGGUCGAUUGGCUCCUGUUAUUCUGGCUGGGCGCUAUGUGAAGUUAAGUCGUCGUCUCCCGCAAACUCCCUGGAUAGUGGACAAUGUACGCAAACUGCCAUCUUCUGUUGAGGAGCUCAUAGUGCUACCCAUGAAAGAAGUAUUUGGACAGAGUUCAAUUUUCACCUUCACUGCAUCGGGUCGAGAGGAUGUCGACGUUCGUUGCCUAGGGCUUGGCAGGCCCUUCAUCCUGAAGAUUGAAAACUAUGAAGCAUCAUUAGAAAAAGUUAUUUGUUUGUACUCCGAGAAGCACGGUAACCGCGGUUCGAAACUAGAUGUUACGUUGUCACCUUCAACCGAUAAUCAAACGUUGUCGAACAUAGACCUUCUCAGCUUAGCCACUCUUGUUAACUCCCGCGCGGGAAACAAGCUAUUUAUAAGAGACUUGCAGGUCGUACGAUGUUCCGAUGAUUGCCACGCGGUCAAGCGUGGAGAGCUGGAGAAACCAAAAUGCUACAUGGCCGUCUGCUGGUGUCCACAAGGUGGACUCGAUAUUCAAUACAUCGAGCGCAUGCGAGCGUACUGCAACCAUCAGAACUCGGCUUUCCCUACUGUUCCCAUUUCUUACCCUUCUGAUUCCACCCAUACUUGGGACUUAACCAAAACGUUGUGGCAGUUCGGUCCCAUUACUCUGGUGCAGCGUACCCCCAUACGCGCGCUUCAUCGCCGGUCUGCACUGGAAAGAGUCCGAAGCGUACAUCUCCUGCGACUACUGGACUAUCGAGCUUUUAUGUGCAAUGUUCCUCUCGAGCUCGACGAUUACCUGUCUUGGAGCAACGUGUAUCCGGCAGAAGAGCUUUUCAUCAUAGACUUGCGUUGUGACGCUGGUACCUAUGUGAAAGAAUUUAUCCAUGGUGAUCUGGGUCGAACUCGUCCUAGUUUGGCGAGCAUAUUUCAGUGCCAAGUGGAUAUUCUAGCUCUGGAUGUUGUCUCCAUUGAGUUAGACUGGCCUCCUCGUCUUGAUGACCCGAAAUUUCUUCCCUGAAACGGUUUGUAGAUAUUUCACCCACUCUCUAUUCGACACUGCUAAUCCCUUGCACAGUGGUUCUUGUACGAUGUUAAAGAUUACGUAUUGUUGCUCAUUGUUUUCUGUUUUCUUCCGUGUCAUUGCAAAGCGUAACCACCAAGUUAACUAGAUCAUUAUGUUGCUAGCCCGAACUUCAUCUGUGAAUGUCGUCUUUGUUGAGCGCGCCUCACAUCGGUUACACAUCGUCCACAUCACCAUUCCCGUGAUGCCAGUUUUAUUUGCACCCUCCCUCUUAUGAACAAAUCAAUGAGUCUUUAUUCUCCCGGAUGAGGGGCACGCCUUUUUCCGCAUGAUAAUG